AUGCACAACGGAACAAUGAAAGACAAUGAACCCCGUAAUUAUAAACAAGACGUAUCAAGGUUAGCUUCCUUGCUUCUUCUGCUUCUACUGCCACUAGCUUUUGGGACGCGACUACCGGCAGCUGUGUUUGAGGACGUCUAUGAACUAGGACAGCCGAAUGUAGGUUAUCUCACCACUCGAGGAGAGCAGGAUGGCAUGCAAGCCUACCUGAACCGACGCAAUCGCCAGCUCGGCGAGGCAACUCUACCCGUGGUGUCAUCCUAUGCGGCGGCAUCCAGCGAGCGGUAUCAAAAUUUCGAGGAAAAUCAACAUGACCGCAUUCGAUUGGAGAAUCUUCGAGAGCUCAGUACAACCGGCAGACGAAAACGAUUGGAUCCAUCCACGGCAAAAACCUCCCCAUCAACGGCGACACGGCAUUCUAAAAAGGUUAACAUUGUACCGAGCGAAAUGAUUGCUUUCACUGUGGAUGAUGCGGUCCUCAAUCCAUCAAGCUUGGAACAAACCGUUGACGAAAGGUCAGAGGUGAACCAUAGAACCAAACGACAGGUUUCAGAUCGGAAGCCAAAGCGAAUCGAACCGACCCCAAAGGAGAUUUUUCGCUUCGAACUGAAAGAUGCCAUCAUAACAGAGAAACCACAGCUGCAAUCGGAGAAUAAAAGUAGAAGAAGACGAUCGGCGGAACCUGCCAAUAAGGAAGGUCGGGAAAUGGUUUCCUUUGAGUUGAAGGAUGCUAAAACCCCAGAGCGGGAUACCAUGCUGUAUCACAAACAGAUGAUGGAAGAGAAUCCGAACCUCAGAAUGCCUUUUACUACGUCGGACACCUACACGAGAAGUUCCGUCAAUGAAGAGAUUUCGGAGCGUCCUGAGUCAAGAAGACGGGAAGGUAAAAAGGAAAAACGUGACAGUCCCGAAGAAGAAACCGAUAUGACUACUGAGGAAUCUCGCCGGGUGAAGAUUGCUAGAGCAAAUAAGAAAAAGAUGGCAAACUACGAAGAUCUACCGUUGGGGGUUCAAAAGGCUAUCGAUAUAGCUAUUAAGGAAAAUGAACGAAUGAACGGUAAGACUAGUGGGGACGAAACUGCUAGAGGUGGUACUAAGUACUAUUACGGUGAUAAGAAACCGAAAGCGAAGAAACCUUUCAGUUCAACAACAAGCACAAAGAUAACUUCUUCCGGUCCUAAAGAAACAAAAUUACUGGCCAUCCCACAAAUGGAAACUGGAUUUGUGCCUAGUAAGUCACCUCAAACUGAGUCGGCCGAGAGUUUGAAACCAGAAAAAUCCACACCCGGAACUUGGUGGUCGUCUUCUUCUAACGUCCAUCGCCAGAAAAGGCUUCAUCAAAAACCUCUUUAUGCCCCUCUGGUCGUGAGUCCGCAAUACAUUAACACCUAUAAGCCAACGAUGGAAAGUCAUAAAAUGCAUGACCUACCGUCUGGAUAUCAAAACUCUAAGGAAAAUCCCUACGAUUAUUCGAGUAACUCAAAGGAAGCUGCAGGUGGUCAUGAUAAACCAAAUAUUCAAUAUGUGAUCAAAGAAGUUCCAGUGCCAAUGAGAAUCAAGGAGCCACGAACAAAAAUUACCGUUCAACCGACAAUUUCAAUUUCCUACGAUAAAGAUCCUACCGGACCGGAAGGCUCCUCCGGUGAAAGCCAUACGAACUAUAACAAUCCCUAUGGUCCCGUUGAGUUGCGCUACGAACAACCUAAAGAGCACAGUGAGUCAUUCCAUAAUCUGAAUAUUGUGGUACCCGAUUCAAAGGAACAAAACGAGCAAAAUUCCUAUUACAAUCAUGCAGAACAAGGAAAGCCCAGUGAAUCCUCGCAUUCUGGUGAAAAUUACGAGAAAACUGGCAGCAGCAUAGCGGCUCUUUCGGCAUUGAUCGGUAAGCGACCAACUGUUCAGCUGAGAGGUUUGAACAAUCUGCUCCACAUGCCUAUUCCAAUUGGAAAUCAGCAAGCACUGCAAACAAUGAAAACGAAAGUGCGACCACAAGACAGCACGGGACCGAUCAUGUUCCCAGAUGAUGGUUCCACUCCAAGACCAGAGCCGAAGAAAACCACCGGUUAUCGUAGCGUAAAAAUUGAAGACGGUCCAAAGAUCCUGUACGAAGAUCAUAGUUCCAGCGCAUUGUACCACACAGUGCAAAUGAAUCCCCAGCUACAGGUUCCUAUGACGAAAGAUUACACCCCGAUCAAGGAACAUGUUGCCGAUAUAUCCGACACGGACAUUGUGGGACCAACUUCGGCAACUCCCACUCAUGCAACGUACAUUAUCGGUUCAACAAUUCCGCCGCAAGGUAAAGCCAACAGCUACGAACAGCUGGACACCGGCAGUCACGAUGCCUCCCACUACCAGGAAUUGCAUGAAGUCCUCCCAACGCCGGAGCCCGUCAGUCUGCAGUAUCAAACAAGACAGAUUGAUCGCCAUCAACAUCAUAAACGCAACCAGUACCACCAUCAAGAGUAUGAAGAUCAUGCGGAUCAUCACCUGCAACACGAAGACAGUGAGGAUUUAGACGACUCGGAAGGCUACGCCUUCGGCUAUCGAGUACGUGAUUUCCACACCGGAAACGAUUUCGGGCACAUUCAAAACCGUGAUAACGGUGUAACCCGAGGAGAGUACCAUAUCCUGCUGCCGGAUGGUCGCGUACAGAACGUUCGCUAUACGGCCGAUGAUCAAGGAUUCCACGCUGAAGUUAGCUACGAAAGCGAGUGCAAACGAACUCCCGCAUUGCGAGUGGGUAAAGAUAAUCAGCCAAAACGGAUGCUGGUGGCAGAUUUGCACCGAAAGGUCACCAUUGCCGGCAAUCCGGUCGCUUACUUAGCCAUUGCUCGCAUUAUCUCGCACCCGUGGAAUGUGCUGCUGACAGCCGCACGCACACGUGAUUUUGAUAUUUCAAUAGCAUCGCUAAUCGUUGCAUCGCGCGGCCACCAGCAGCAGCAACAGGUAGGUAAUGAAGACGAAGACAAAGACGAAGGCGUGAACAUGGUCGGGUGA